AUGUCGAGAAUGAACCUAGUAAAUGUACUUGCGCAGGUACUUGGGUUAAGUAAUGAGGACUACUUGGCAACUUUUCCAAUAUUUAUUUUAAAAGAAAACAACAAACAAAUGGCACGUGAAGAUGAAUAUGAUUAUUUAUUCAAAGUUGUAUUGAUCGGUGAUUCGGGUGUAGUUGAUUCCAAAACGAUUAAAGCACAAAUAUGGGAUACAGCUGGACAAGAACGUUAUCGAGCUAUCACAAGCGCAUAUUAUCGUGGUGCAGUUGGUGCUUUAUUAGUAUAUGAUAUUAGUAAACACUGUACAUAUGAAAAUGUUGAACGAUGGUUAAAAGAACUACGUGAUCAUGCUGAUGCUAAUAUUGUUAUUAUGUUAGUUGGCAAUAAAUCAGAUUUACGACAUUUACGAUCAGUUCCGAGUGAUGAAGCAAAAGCAUUUGCGGAGAAAAAUGGUAUCUCGUUUACCGAAACAUCAGCCUUAGAUUCCACCAACGUUGAAACAGCGUUUCAUACAAUUUUACAAGAAAUUUAUCGUAUUGUUUCACAACGUCAAAUACACGAAGAAGGACCAAACGAACAUCAUCCACCCAUACCAAUUGUUUUAAACUCAACGAAUGGCGAAACAAAAUCCAAUACAACAUGUUGUUCUUAA